AUGUUCUUCUUUCUACUUACAGUACUGGCUCUGGUACUCCCCGUACCCGCCAUAUCAUCCAGCAACAGCACAUGCACAUCUAAGAACAUUCAGACACGUAUUGAAUGGGCAAAUAUGGCAAGCAAUGAUCAGCAAUCCUACCUGAAGGCAGUAGAAUGUCUUAUGCAGCUGCCUGCUCAGACAGGCAUAAAGGGCACGGUCACAAGAUUCGACGAUAUGAAUGCCAUGCAUCAGGUGCAAGCGAAAACAAUUCAUCUUGUGGCGCAGUUCCUGCCAUUUCACCGUCUCUAUAUAUAUGUGUAUGAGCAGCUCCUGAGAGACGAGUGUGGCUACAAAGGGCCAACGCCUUGGUGGGACGAAACCCGCGACGCAGGCAAUUUCAUCGACUCGCCGCUCCUGGAUCCCAACACAGGAUUCGGUGGGAACGGGACCGGUCCGCAUCAUUGUGUUAUUGAUGGCCCUUUUGCAAAUACCACUCUUCACAUUGGCCCGGGCCAAAGUGUGAGUGACCAUUGCUUAUCUCGCAAAGUCAACGAGUUCAAUAGCACUCUCGGCAACGAAACCUAUGUCCACGAAUGCCAUAGUAAAACCACGUACCUCGAUUUCUGGGAGACUACCGGUUAUACAACCCAUGGCGCCGGUCACAGUGGAGUCGGUGGAGUUAUGGAGGAUAUCGAUGCAAGCCCUGGAGACCCGCUCUUUUAUAUCCACCACGCUUUCAUCGAUCGUCUUUGGUGGAAGUGGCAGUCCGAAGACCCUGACAGUCGCUUAUACCAACUGGGUGGCUCUUCUACGCAGGGAGGAACCGAAGAGUUGACUCUGGACUAUGUCAUGACUACCUAUGAAAUUCGCCCCAAUGUUACUGUCAAGGAGCGCGAUGCACCUUCGAGCUCUCUGCGUCUUGCUGAAGAUGGACAUACCGUGCUUCUGCCCCAGCCGACGGACGAUCCCAACGACCCCUUGAACUGGUCAUCGCGAAAAAAGCACCUCAUUCUUCUGGUUGUGGCCUGGGCUGCUCUCACAUCAGAUUUAACAUCUGCUGCUGGUAGCGCCCCGGUCAUUCUUCAGGCUGCCGAAUGGCACAAGUCUCCAAACUCGGUUAAUCAUAAUAACAGCAUCAACGUCCUCAUGAUGGCCAUUGGUGGUUUGAUCUGGGUUACCAUGACUUCCAUCAUUGGACGAGCACCGACCUUGUUUUGGUCCACCUUCCUCGGUCUGAUCUUCUCGAUCCUUUCAUCCGUUUCCACCAACUUCGAGAUGUUCAUGGGCGUCCGAGCCAUUCAAGGCCUCUUCCUUACAUCUGGCCAGACGAUCGCGAUCGCCUUCAUUAAAGAUAUCUUCUUCUUCCAUGAACGAGCUCGAAAGAUUGGCCUUUGGGCUCUCAUGUACAUCACAUUUCCGUACUGGGGCCCACUACUUGCCAACUUUGUCAUUGGUGAGACCCAUCAAUGGCAGGAUGCCUUUUGGCUGGGGGUCGGGGUCAAUGGCAUCAGCUUGCUGCUCAUUUUGGCUUUUAUGGAUGAGACUUGGUAUAAUCGUGAUUUGCCUUCAUCUGUUCAGCCAUCCCGAGGCCAAGGUUUCUUCUCUCGGCUACUUCGGCUUACUGGUCUAUGGCAGGUCAAGCAUCAUUCUGGAUACUUCGAGUCUGCUUACGAUGCUUACAAGAGAGUCCUCCUAAUCUUGUCGAAGCCUGUUAUUCUCCUUGUAAUCGCUCCUUAUUUCAUGUGCUUUGCAUGGGCGAUCGGUGUUAAUAUCUCGACCGCCAUUCUCUUCGGUCUUCCUCAGGCUAUGGGGGGUUAUGGCUACAGCUUUACUCAGCUGGGAUACCUACACUUUGCCCCCAUCGUGGGCGUCUUCCUAAGCGAGAUAUUUGGUCAUUUCUUCAACGAUCACCUUACUCGACGCUAUGUUCAAAAGCACAACGGUGUCUUUGAGCCCGAGGCUCGUCUUAUGACCAUUUACAUCUCGAUUGUCCCCAUGAUCGCCGGCCUGGUCUUGAUGGGACAAGCCCUGCAUAAGCAUCUCUCUGUCGCAGCAAUCGUCGUAGGAUGGGGUAUGCAUGCUUUCGGGAUCAUGCUCACAUCUGUCGCCGUUGCUUCAUACCUCUUGGAUGCGUAUCCAUCUGCUCCUGCAGAAGUCUGCGGCUUGACCAACAUGUUCCGAGCUUUGAGUGGCUUUAGCGUUGGUUACUAUCAGCACCCGUGGGGAGCCAAGGUUGGUUACGAUGUAAGCUUUGGGACUCAAGCUUGCAUUGUGGCGGCAAGCAUGAUUCUGAUCGCGAUUGUUCAUCGCUUUGGCCAUCAGCUCCGUUUGAAAUUUGGCCAGGUUAGGUGA